CAAAUAUAGCCGUAUAUCAACAGUAACCUCUCCUUUAUUUCAUUACACUGAGCUGCCCUUCACAUCUGUAUAGUUCAACAAGUAUAGUGAGACCCUGAAGGAUACAUUCUUUCUAAAAGGACACAGAGACGGAGGGGGGAGGGCGACACAGAGAGAGAGAGAGAGAGAGAGAGAGUCAUACCACAGACACUUGAUUCCUCCUUCAUACGAACCAGGACUCUCUUUUUUCCGCUGACCACCUCCGGGAUGAACCACAGGCCGUCGGCGCUCCAUCACAGCAGCCGGCCUGCGGGUCUCGCCGACAGCCCCGCGGCUCGCAGCCGCGAUAACCUGCUGACCUGCGAUGACUUGGCAGAAGAAAACUGUUGCAAUGGACGAUGCCUCGGCCAAAGCAGCUCUGAGCGACAGCUCAUGGCUCCCAUCAGUGUUAUGAAACGACGCCAGGCUCUCCGCGGCCCGGCCUACAUGUUCUCUGCUCCCUCGAUCAGCCCGUCGGAGGUGGAGCAGCGUUUCCUGGAGGCCGCUGAAUACGGCAACAUACCAGAAGUGCGCCGCAUGCUUCUCCAAGUGUCCAACUUGAACGUCAACGCCGUGGACUACAUGGGCCAGAAUGCAUUGCAGCUGGCCGUCGCCAACGAACAUCUGGAGGUGACGGAGCUGCUGCUGGGGAGGACGGAUUUGGCCAGAGUGGGUGACGCCCUCCUGCUCGCCAUCAGUAAAGGCUAUGUUCGGAUCACAGAGGCCCUGCUGUGUCACCCGGCGUUCAGAGACGCCCAUCGUCUGACAGGCAGCCCGGCUCAAGCAGACAUGUGGGAUGACUUCUACGCGUACGAUGAGGACGGGACGAGGUUCUCCCAUGACGUCACUCCAGUGAUCCUUGCGGCGCACUGCCAAGAGUACGAGAUCGUUCACACGCUGCUGAGUAAAGGCGCUCGCAUCGACCCUCCUCACGACUACUUCUGUGACUGCGACUCCUGUAACUACCAGCAACAGUUUGAUUCCUUCAGCCACUCGCGGUCCAGGAUCAACGCCUACAAGGGGCUCGCCAGUCCCGCUUACCUCUGCCUGUCCAAUGAGGACCCGGUGCUGGCGGCCCUGGAGCUCAGCAACGAACUGGCCAUCAUGGCUAAUAUUGAGAAAGAAUUUAAGAACGACUAUUGCUGCAUGUCCAGCCAGUGCAAGGACUACGUGGUGGGCCUCCUGGAUCUGUGUCGCAGCACGGAGGAGGUGGAGGCCAUCCUGAGCGGGGAAAAUGACUCAGAAGAAAGCUUCGAUCUACCCGGUCGCCCCUCCCUCACACGGCUCAAGUUAGCCAUCAAAUACGAACUCAAAACGUUUGUGGCGCAUCCUAACUGCCAGCAGCAGCUGCUGAGCAUCUGGUACGAGAAUCUUCCCGGCCUGAGGCAACAGACGACCGCCAUCAAACUGCUGGUGGUGCUGGCGGUGGCCAUCGGACUGCCCGGGCUGGCCGUGGCUUACUGGAUCGCUCCGUGCAGCAGAUUGGGCAAAGUGAUGCGAAGCCCCUUCAUGAAGUUCGUCGCCCACGCGUCGUCCUUCACCAUUUUCCUGAGUCUCCUGAUCCUGAACGCCGCCGACCGUUUCGGAGGCACCACCAUGUUGCUGAACAUGACCCACCACCAUCACCCGGGGGGACUCAAGCUGCACUCGGCCAACCCGCUGCUGCUCUACCGCAUGACCACCACGCCCUUCACCUGGAUGGAGAUCCUCAUCAUUUCCUGGGUCGUGGGUAUGAUCUGGGCCGAGGUGAAGGAGAUCUGGAGCCAAGGGCCGGGGGAGUACCUCGUGGAACCGUGGAACUUCCUGGACUUUGGGAUGCUGGCGAUCUUCCUCGCCUCCUUCAGUUGCCGCUUCACCAUCCUGAGACACGCUGACUCAGCCCAGACCUAUGUAUACACACACUACACGACACUGAUCAAUGUCACACUGCCCCCUGAGAUACACUACUUUACACUGGCGCGGCUCUACUGGUUGCCCUCGGACCCCCAGCUGGUGUCGGAGGGUCUGUACGCGGUGGCCGUGGUGCUGAGCUUCUCCCGGAUCGCUUACAUCCUCCCGGCCAACGAGAGCUUCGGGCCGCUGCAGAUCUCUCUCGGGAGGACCGUCAAGGACAUCUUCAAGUUCAUGGUCAUCUUCCUCUUGGUCUUUCUGGCGUUCAUGAUCGGCAUGUUCAACCUGUACUCGUACUACCUGGGCGCGAAGGAGAACGACGCCUUCACGACCCUGGAGGAGAGCUUCAAGACGUUGUUCUGGGCCAUAUUUGGACUGUCUGAGGUGAAGUCUGUCGUGAUCAAUAAUGGACACAAAUUCAUCGAGAACAUCGGCUACGUGCUGUACGGCGUUUACAACGUCACCAUGGUGAUAGUGCUGCUCAACAUGCUCAUCGCCAUGAUCAACAGUUCCUUCCAGGAGAUUGAGGACGAUGCCGAUGUGGAGUGGAAGUUUGCUCGGGCCAAACUCUGGUUCUCCUACUUUGAGGAGGGGAGGACGCUCCCCGUGCCCUUUAACCUCGUCCCCAGUCCAAAAUCGAUGCUGGGAAUGACGACGGCCAUCAAGGCCCUGCUCCUGCCGUACGUGGCCGGACACAGUGAGGAGAAAACGGAGACACAGCUCAACCAGCUUGGCGUCGAAAAAAAUUCUGGUUUUGGUGUUUCUGCCAGCUCCUCCAGAUAUCAGAAGAUCAUGAAGCGUCUGAUAAAGCGUUACAUCAUCAAAUCUCAAGCGGACAAAGAGAGCGACGAGAUCACAGAAGGUGAACUGAAAGAGAUCAAGCAGGACAUCUCCAGUCUGCGCUACGAGCUGCUGGAGGAGAAAUCCCAGAACACGGAGACGCUGGACGGGCUGCUGAGGCGGCUGGGAGAGAUCAGUGCUCCGUCAGCAGCGCUGCCGUGACACACAGAGCAACACGUCCAGAACACCAAACAAGAAUGUACAGUAUAUGACAUGAGAUUAAAAUGUAUUUUCUGAA